ACGACACCUCAGUGUAAACAGCCAUGGCUGCCCUGCGCAGGCUCAUCCCUUCACUCACUAACAGCUCCAGAACAGGGACACGGGGACAACAAACGUCUUCUCCAGCGGCCAAAGCGCUGAAAGUCGUUGCAGCUGGAGCGUGUGUCACCGCCGCGGCCGGUGCUGUUUAUUACUGCUGCUCGUUUGUCGGUAGGCGCUCCGGACUGAAGAGCCAUGUCGAGGCUCGGCUCUUGCAUCUGGCGUUGCCGUCAGUUUCUGCCACCGAUAAGGCAAGGACCUAUGGUCUGGAUGAUGGAGAUGUGUACAUGUCAUCCUAUGAAAACAGGUUUCGCCUGUUUGGUUCAGUGGAGUACGAGGGCCAGCUCUACAUGACUCCACUCAACUUCAUCGAAUCCGUCACUCUGAAUGAACCAAAGAGUAAAAGAGCAUGGAGGUCACUUACAAAAAAGGAAUUAGACAAGAUGAUGGCUGAUACCCCGCCUGUUUGGAAAGGAUCAUCUAAUUUGUUCAGGAAUCUUCGUGAACGAGGUGUCAUUAGUUACACAGAGUACCUCUUCCUGCUCUGCAUUUUAACAAAGCCCCAAGCAGGCUUCAGGAUUGCUUUCAACAUGUUUGAUGCAGAUGGGAAUGAAAUGGUGGACAAAAGGGAGUUCUUGGUGCUGGAAGAAAUUUUCCGCAAGAAAAAAGAUCGAAAAGAAGUUACUGAAGACGAAAGACUGGACCAUCAGAUCUUGCAGCUUUACGGUCAUCGCAAAUCCCAGCCACACAAUGUUCUUAAAAAAGACAGUCAGCAUGUGGAGGCCCGCGGCAUGUGGGAUGUUCUCAGACGUGGCACGAGUCAAGUUCUGUUUUCUGAUCUCACUGAGCAUGUGGAUGAAAAAACAGAGACGACGCUGCUGGUGCAUUUCUUUGGGAAAAAAGGCAAAGCUGAACUGAAGUUUGAAGAUUUUUACAAGUUCAUGGACAACCUGCAGACAGAGGUGCUUGAGAUAGAGUUCCUCUCCUACUCCAAAGGCAUGCCCACCAUCAGCGAGGAAGACUUCGCUCGGAUUCUCCUUCGCUACACCAACGUGGACGACGUCAGCGGAUACUUGGAGAACGUGCGGUACAGCAUGCCAGAUGAAAAGGGAAUCACCUUUGAGGAGUUCAGGUCCUUCUUCCAGUUCUUAAACAACCUGGAGGAUUUUACCAUCGCCAUGCAGAUGUACAACUUUGCCAACCGCUCCAUUGGUCAAGAGGAGUUCACCCGAGCUGUCUACGUGGCUACGGGCAUCAAUCUGACCCACCAUUUGGUCAACACCGUCUUCAGGAUCUUUGACGAGGAUCACGACGGGAAACUCAGCCACAAGGAGUUCAUUGGCAUCAUGAAGGACCGGCUGCACCGCGGCGACAGGGGUGGUCCGAGUGGAGGAGAAGUUCAUCUCUUUCAAGUCCUGCAUGAAGAAGGAGCUCUCGAGCAAAUAGGUGAAGAUCCCAACAUCAGUGCAUGUGCUACAAACUGGAUGAGCUUUGCCUCUGCUGUGCUCUCUACCAGAGCUCUCGGGUUAGUGCAUGCUUCGAGCAUCUUAUUAACACUCUCUUAG